AGUCCCACCGUCCCCAUGGAGUAUAAACGAACGUCCCUCGUACCGGUUCACGAAGUCCCGAUACACCGCUGCAGAGUGAAACUUCACAAGUGCUCGAUGGGUAGUCAACAGUUGGAGGUCAUACUCAUCGGCCACCUAACACGCAGCAUAUCCAACAGAACUACAUCAAAAGCAAACCCGAACACCAACAUGUGUGACAAGGAGAUCCCAGCCCUGGUUGUAGACAAUGGCUCCGGGCUAAGUAAGGCAGGGUUUGCGGGAGACGAUGCACCCAGAGCUGUGUUCCCUUCUAUCGUCGGGAGACCUCGUCACCAGAGUGGGAUGGUGGGCACGGGUCGGAAGGACUCGUACGUCGGUGAUGAGGCAUUACGCAAGUGGGAUAUCCUGAAGCUUAAAUAUCCCAUUGAGCACGGCAUUGUUACCAACUGGGACGACAUGGAGAAGAUCUGGCAUCACACAUUCUACAAUGAACUGCGCGUAGCCCCAGAUAAACGCCCAAUUUUAUUGACCGAGGUUCCCUUCAACCCAAAGGCCAACCGCGAGAAGAUGUCCCAGAUUAUUUUUGAAACUUUUAACUCUCCAGCUAUGUACGUUUCUCUCCAAGCUGUUCUCUCCCUGUUCGCCUCUGGUCGGAACAAUGGUAUUGUACUGGACUCUGGUGAUGGCGUGUCACACACUGUCCCCAUCUAUGAAGGACACGCUCUGUCUCAUGCUAUUUUGCGUCAGUAUCAUUUGGCUGGUCGAGACCUGACAGACUACCUCAUGACCAUCCUUACCGAGCGUGGCUACACCUUCACAACCACCGCAGAGAGAGAAAUUGUUCGUGACAUCAAAGAGAAGCUUUGCUAUGUCGCCCUCGACUUCGAGAAAGAGAUGGCUACCUCAACUCAGUCUUCAUCUCUCGAGAAGUCUUACGAACUUCCCGACGGUCAGGUCAUUACCAUCGGCAACGAGAGGUUCCGCUGCCCUGAGGCUAUGUUCCAGCCUUCCUUCCUUGGCAUGGAAACUGCUGGCAUCCAUGAGAUCAUGUAUAAUUCCAUCAUGAAGUGUGAUGUCGACCUCCGUAGGAAGCUGUACUGCAACUCAGUGCUGUCUGGUGGCACUACCAUGUUUCCAGGCACUGCUGAGAGAUUGCAAAAGGAAAUUACUGCCCUGGCACCAUCCACCAUGAAGAUUAAGAUAAGUGUGCCUCUAGAGCGUAAGCAUUCAGUAUGGGUCGGCGGUUCCAUGCUAGCUUCCCACUCAACCUUCCAGCAGAUGUGGAUCAGCAAGCAAGAAUAUGAUGAAUCUGGACCAUCCAUUGUUCACAGGAAGUGUUCCUAAGCUGCUCUGACAAAAAAAAAAAAACAGAACAGAGUAUCAAUGAAAAUACACAUAUAUAUUUGCUUUGCAUGUAACUGUAAGGACGGGAUUGAAUAAAAACCUUUAUAUACUAA